ACAUGUCAGCCGCCAUGAAUCUCGUGGAGAGCUGUCACCUCAGCACCGUUCAGCACCCAGUUAUUCCUCUGAACACUGGACACAUGGCAGUCGCCGUGAGCCUCGUGGAGAGCUGUCACCUCGACACCGUUCAGCAACCAACUAUUCCUCUCAAGAGUGGACUCAUGGCUGUCGCCGCGAGCCUUGUGGAGAGCUGUCAACUCGGCGCCGUUCAGCAACCAGUGAUUCCUCUAAAGAGCGGACACAUGGAGGCCGUUCCAUGUCCCCUUUGACUCCGAGACAUGAGCAAGCAAGCCAAGAACACGGUGAUCACAUUUUGAAAGACGGACAGCCUUAUACUCAUGGCCCGAGUACAUCAACAUCCAGCCAGCAAUUGAGUGGCUUUAUGAUGCAGGUACUGAAGUCGCUACACAUCAUGAGACAAACCCAACAACACCAAUCUGAGCAGCUCUUGAUGAUCACCGACAUGUUACACCAUGUGGAUGGGCCACCUGCUGAACCUCUAAGCUUUGCACAGUUCGAGACCCUACAGGAAUUCCUUGCCUUUGAGAAAGAGUUGACUGCAUGCGAACAAAAAAGGGUCCAACUGAAGCAGCAGAUGCAAGUAAUUGGGGGUGAUGAUGCGAAAGAUAAAACUGCCCGAAUUCUUCGCAAAAUGCUGUGCCACGAAGUGGGGGCAGCCUUCACAUGGUAUGGGACCAAGACAAAGGGAAAGUUCUCCAGUCUAGAGUUCUGCAAGGUGAUGUGUGCUUGCAUUACAGCAAGCAAGCCGAAGGAGGUGGCUGUUGGUACCCUGAAGGAAGUUGAAGCCACUACAAUGUCAUGGCUGCGCCAUGCCCAGGAGAGGCUUCAAAUGCAUUGCAAUAAGGAUGUGGAAGAACCCAGGGAGGGUCUGUGAAAGCAAGAUGGCCGGAAAGCUAUGGAUAGUCUGUAAGAGCCGGGAAAUGGUGUGUGCAAAUAAAAUAGAUGUUACCUUUUCUUACAGA